CUCCGGUGGUGUAAUAUUAAUUAUAUAUGUAUUCUCGUUUUCUCUUUGGCCGCCGGUCAUAAAAAGAGUGUCCCAACUCCCAAAAGGCUAAAAGCCUGAACAGAGCGACGACGAGCUCCCGAGUCUUUCAGAGUGGAUUCAAAAAUUAUGGAUGAAGGAAGAGUGGAUACCAAGAGGCUCUUCCGAGGUAUCGUAGCAGAUCUUAGAGGAAGAGCCUUGUGUUACAAGCAAGACUGGGUCGCUGGUCUCCGUUCUGGUUUCGGGAUUUUAGCACCGACCACUUAUAUUUUCUUCGCCUCUGCGCUUCCGGUUAUAGCCUUCGGCGAGCAGCUCAGCCGUGACACAGAAGGAGCGUUGAGCACAGUAGAAACAUUAGCAUCAACAGCGUUAUGUGGAGUGAUACACUCAAUAUUGGGAGGACAACCAUUGUUGAUACUUGGAGUUGCAGAACCAACUGUCUUAAUGUACGUUUACUUGUACAACUUCGCUAUAGGAAGACCAGAAUUGGGAAAACAACUCUACUUAGCUUGGGCUGCUUGGGUUUGUGUGUGGACGGCUCUGUUACUGUUCCUAAUGGCGAUGCUCAAUGCGGCUGAUAUCAUUAACCGGUUUACGAGGAUAGCUGGUGAGCUGUUUGGUAUGUUGAUAUCCGUUCUCUUCAUCCAACAAGCCAUUAAGGGAAUGGUGAGUGAAUUUGGGAUGCCAAAAGAUGAAGACUCAAAACUUGAAAAGUAUCAUUUUGAGUGGCUCUAUGCAAACGGACUUCUCGGUAUCAUUUUCACUUUUGGUCUUCUCUACACCGCUUUGAAGAGCAGGAAAGCAAGAUCUUGGCGAUACGGAACUGGAUGGUGGAGAAGCUUCAUCGCUGACUAUGGAGUUCCUUUGAUGGUUGUGGUUUGGACAGCAUUGUCUUUCAGUACGCCAUCAAAGCUCCCUUCUGGUGUCCCGAGAAGACUCUUUAGUCCUCUUCCAUGGGACUCUGCUUCUUUAUCACAUUGGACUGUCAUCAAGGACAUGGGGAAAGUCUCUCCGGGUUACAUAUUCGCGGCAUUUAUACCGGCAUUGAUGAUCGCAGGGCUCUACUUCUUUGACCACAGUGUUGCCUCGCAGCUCGCACAGCAGAAGGAGUUCAACCUCAAGAACCCUUCUGCGUACCAUUACGACAUUCUCUUGUUGGGUUUCAUGACGUUGAUCUGUGGAUUGCUCGGUCUGCCUCCUUCCAAUGGAGUGCUCCCUCAAUCUCCCAUGCAUACGAAAAGCCUUGCAGUUCUCAAACGACAGUUGAUCCGGAGGAAGAUGGUAAAGACAGCCAAAGAAAGCAUCAAGAAGAGAGAAACUUCAUCCCAAGUGUACGAGAGUAUGCAAGAAGUCUUCAUAGAAAUGGACAAAAGCCCACUUACUCAGACAAACCCAACAGUGAUUAUUGAGCUGCAAGAUUUGAAAGAAGCAGUAAUGAAGUGCAACGAGGAAAAAGGAGAGAGGAACGAGGAUAGUGGUUUCGAUCCAGAGAAGCACCUUGAUGCUUACUUGCCUGUUCGAGUCAACGAGCAGAGAGUGAGCAACCUGUUGCAGUCGCUACUUGUGGCAGGUGCAGUUUUGGCAAUGCCAGCCAUUAAGCGCAUACCCACUUCACUUCUAUGGGGAUAUUUCGCUUACAUGGCCAAUGAUAGCCUCCCGGGGAAUCAAUUUUUUGAACGUACAAUGCUACUUUUUGUCCCAACAAGCCGGAGAUUCAAGGUCUUGGAAGGAGACCACGCGUCGUUUGUGGAGAAAGUUCCAUACAAGUCAAUGGCUGCCUUCACAUUGUUGCAGAUAUUCUACUUUGGGAUUUGCUACGGAGUGACGUGGAUUCCCGUGGCUGGAAUCAUGUUCCCGGUUCCUUUCUUCCUCUUAAUAGCUAUCAGACAGUACAUUCUCCCGAAGCUCUUUAACCCGGCCCAUCUCCGAGAACUCGAUGCUGCUGAGUACGAGGAAAUCCCCGGUACUCCUAGAAACCCUCUCGAACUGUCUUUCCGGUCGAAUGACUCUAAGAGUGGCGUACAAGAGGGCGAUGCCGAGAUUUUAGAUGAGUUAACGACGAGCAGAGGCGAGCUCAAAGUCCGCACUGUCAGUCUUAAUGAAGACAACGGCAACCAGGUUUUGUUAUAGAUUCUUGAAAUGAAUCUUAACUUUGUAAAAGAUAACUCACAUACUCAUGAGUGGUGUUAAAAACCUGCACAUUUACCCCUAAGGAGAUAUAGCAAAAGCAGGGGACGAGGACAUGAAUACUUCAAGUGAGUGAGUGAUUUUUUAACAAAAAGAACCAAAGAUUAUUCUUCCAAGGGAUGACCAUGAUCAUGAAUCAUCAUCAUACGCAAAACUAUAUAGAUGUAGAACACGGAUUACACAUGUGUGUGUUUUUUUUUUUGUUCUUUUAAACAGAGAUGAUGUGUGUUUGUCAAAAUAGUCUUCUUAGCAAUGAAAAUAAAAAAAGCAUUAUUAAUA